AUGGAGGACUCUGAGCCCGCAGAGGACGGUAUGCUCGCGGGGUUACGCUGGAACAGGAGCACGAGGGACCAGGCUCAACUCAAACACAAAAUACGGGAUUUGCCGGGGUUACUCAAGCACGGACUGCACCUGCGGAAGAAAAGCCAAUCACCUGACACCAUCCCAGGGCCCAGCAGUGGACCAACUGUGCACAAGUCUUGCUCCCAGAGUUUCCCUUGCGCUGGACGAGCUGUAAGAAAUGCUUUCCUCUCUCACGGGCCGUACCCAGCCAAAGACAAGAUCCACCUGGCCAGAAUCAUCCGGAGGAGCUAUGUGGGCGUGGAGCUGGUGCAGUGGCUGUGUGAGCAGUGUGUGUAUGUGCGCUGUCGGACCACCGCGGCGCGCGUCUGGCAGGUGCUGCUGGAGUUGGGGGUCCUGCUGUCCGUGGACCAGCGUGUCAUCUUCUCCGACUCCAACACCUACUACCAGUUCAGUUUUGAGGAGUGUGAGUCUGCGUCUUGUGAUUUUCGCUCAAAUGAGGCGGAGUGGCCAGAGGCGGUCCGGCUGCUGCUGCAACUCGCUCCUUAUGUUCAGUUCCGAUCAGGAGGCGGGACAAACAGCCCGUCAGAGGAAGACUCUGAGGGCAACAGAGAUAUCUGCGGGGAGAUUCUUCAGAUGAAAGCUCUGGAGAGACUGACUUCUACGGUACAAAAUGAGUUGGCCGUAGCUCUUGCCCGAAAGACUCGAAAAGCAUUGUCAGAGCAGGACUCUGAGACGACCGAGUCGAGCCACCAGGAGGCGCGGACGCCCAGUGAAGAGAGCAGCCCUCUGGGCAGUGGAGGGGGCAGCAGCAUGGGGUCGAUGUGCGGACGAGAGGAGCUGACCAGUCGCCUUGGGCUGGAGGCCGUUCAGCGCUUGGCGAAGGACGGGUGUAGGCUGCUGCAGAACCACAACUACAAGCUGCCAGAGCGAACCCCAACAGACAACGUGAGCCGGGUGUGUCUGAAGGAGAGGGGCCGCGACGUGCUGGUUCUACGGCGUGUGGCGUCUGCUGUGACUUCCCCAUCAGACCGGCCCUCGCCCACCUCCACGGGAAGCGGAGCCCGGGACGACGACAGCAACAAGAGGUAUGUGGUGGUGUCAGGAACGCCACUCAAAAUCCUGGAGCAUCUUCUCAGCGACCUCCGACUGGACGACCAGAGAGGAGCGCCGCAGAACAGAGACAGCGAGAUGCUGCUGGAUGACUUCCUUUUGACGUACCUUGUGUUCAUGUCCACUCCGGACCUCUGCCAAGCCCUACUCGGACACUACAGCAGUGCCCGCUGCAGGGGGCAGGAGGAGGGCAAGGACGCCCUCUUCAGGAAGAGAAAGGUGCUGCAGUUGGUCUCUCACUGGAGCAGGCUUUAUAAGGACUUCCUCAAAGAAGAGGAGCAUGUCCGCAGCUUCUUGAAGACGCUGUACAGAUGUGUUUUAGAAGACUUGUACGAGUUUCCCACUCUGGAGAAGGAUCUGAAAGAGUUCCAGAAGCUUCUCCGUCGAAGACACACGGUUGACGAUUGCCCUCCGAACCAAAAGAGUAAACAAAUGUACCAACAGCUGAGUUUGAAAGAAAACAGUUUGCAUCACCGGAGUCCACCGAUCGAUAACAGAGAGGUGAUUUGCUGUGUGUAUGUGAGCUCCGACUCGUAUUUUAGCGUCCAAAUUCACCCUUUGCUGGAGGCCCAUGAGCUGCUGAGGAUUGUCUCCUCGAAGCUGGAUCGUGCUGAUGAGGAGAUGGUGCUGGCUGUGGUGUCGCACAGUGGAGAGCGGAGAGUGUUACAGCCUAGCGACUGCGUCUACUCUGAGUCCUUAACCCCACAGGGGAAACUGGUGGCAUGCCGCAGGAACCUGAUUGAAAUACUGCCUCCACUCACAGACUGCAGUGAGCUCAGCAGGAGGCCCGUACGUCUCUUGGGCAUUAACACAUGGGACGUGGCAACAGCACUAACCCACCUCGACUGGACCCUCUUCAAAUCUAUUCACGAGCAAGAGUUGGUCUACUACACACUUCGCCGCAGUCCUGCUUCUGGCCACACGGCGGCGCUGUCUGUCCUUCUGCAGCGCUGUAAUGAAGUUCAACAGUGGGUCAUGUCUGAAGUCCUGAUGUGUGUCUCUCUCAAUAAGAGAGUCCAGCUGCUCAAAAAGUUCAUCAAAAUCGCUGCUCACUGUAAAGCUCAAAGAAACCUAAACUCUGCAUUUGCCAUCAUCAUGGGUCUGAACACAGCCGCUGUUAGUCGCCUCAACCAAACGUGGGAGAAAUGUCCUGGGAAGUUUAAGAAGCUUUUCUCUGAGCUGGAGCUUAUUACGGACCCAUCCCUCAACCACAAAGCGUACAGAGAUUCAUUCAAAAGGAUGAAACCUCCAAAGAUCCCUUUCAUGCCUCUUCUGUUAAAAGACAUCACAUUUAUCCAUGAAGGGAACAAAACAUUUCAUGACAACCUGGUCAACUUUGAGAAACUGCACAUGAUUGCAGACACGGUGAGAAUGAUACGCCACUGCCAAAGUGACCAGCCAGGUAAUGAGGUCAUCGGCAUGGACAGCCCGGAGGUGAGGGCCAGCGUUCAGUAUCUGCACAUCAUUGACAAUCAACAGACGCUUUUUGAGCUCUCGCACAAACUGGAGCCUCGUGCCUGA